UAAAAGAAAACCAAGAAAAUGAAAAGGUCUUAGAACAGUUAAUGAAAGAUGACUUAGACUCAACUAAAUCUAAUCAAACAGUCGUGAUAGAACGUUAUGAAAAAAGAUUACAAGCCAAGAAUGAGCAGAUUAUUAAGUUAGAAACUAAGUUAGAAGAGGAUGAUCCGGGCACUUUUCAUCAAGCAGUUUUACGGGAGAUUAGGUUAAUGAUUAGAAUUCCCGCUAAUGCUAAAAAACUAGCCAAAGUCUUAAUCCCUACUCACCUUAAACAAGAAUUAUUAUCUGAACUAAAAGAACCCCGACCUAACUUAGCCAUUAAACAACAGCACCAAAAAUUUCUGGCUUUGCAUGCUGAUAAAAAGGGUUCAAUGAUAACUGAUGAAGAAAAAAUAAUGCAAGAGUGUAGCGAACUAUCAAAUCAGUUAUGCCAUCUAACUGAACCAAUCAAUGGUCGUCAUCAUGAGGAUUUUUUGCCUCGCCUAUUAGCAAUUAUAGAUACCGUUUUACAAUUAAACCAUCA